AUGGUCUCUGAAGAUACUAUCAUGCAGUCGCCGCAGGACGAGCACAAAAUUCAUGAGCAAACCCCAACAUCAACGGGAGUUGAAGUUGACAAUUCUCAGGAUGCUCAUGGCCAAACACCAGAUGCAACGCAAGAACCCGAAACGGCAGACGGAACACCUGCUACCGACCCACACCAGUCUUCGCUAGGCAUCACAGUCCAAAAAAGAAGAAGGGUCACAAGAGCCUGCGAUGAGUGCCGUCGUAAGAAGAUAAAAUGCGACGGCAAGCAACCUUGUACCCACUGCACUGUCUAUAGUUAUGAAUGCACAUACGACAAACCGUCAAACCGACGAAGAAAUCCUGCCCCUCAAUAUAUCGAAGCCCUCGAAUGUCGACUCCAGAAAGCCGAGAGGCUCCUGAGAGCACUCGUACCUGAGAUUGACCUGGACGACCCGCGCUAUGACGGAUGUUGUGUUGAAGAAAUACUUUCCCUCCUCAAAAAUAAAACGCCAGAUCCUCCUAAAAAGCCUGAGCCGAAGUUACCGGUAGUCUCGGAACAGUGUGACGAAUCACUCCUCGAGUCAAUGGUGGAUAAUACAGGCUCCCUUGACCUGGACGACGAAGGACACUGGGAUUACCAUGGCCAUUCCUCGGGGCUUAUCUUUGUGAGAAGGGUGCGAAAGCAAAUUGGAAAUAUUGCUUUAGAAGGGCAGCUGCCGCAGAAGUUGCCCCGUUUGCCCCUCAGGCUUGAGAAAAUGAAAUCAACUUCUGAGUCUCCUAUCGACACACAUUUGUCUCCUGUGCAUGACUUACCAUCGAAGAAGGAGGCACGGAAAUUUUGCACCCAUGCACUUGAAGACGCCUGCUGUAUAAUGCGCUUCUUGCAUAAACCAACCUUUUGGGCAAUGUUCGACCGAAUAUACGAUACUCCGCUAGAACAGUUCUCAAAUGAGGAGAACAGCUUCUUGCCCCUUCUAUAUCUUGCGCUUGCUGUCGGAUGUCUUUUCCGAGGACCCGGUGACUGCACUUUGGAGAAAUCUGGCUACGAAAGUGCCGUGGAUCAAGGUUUCCAAUAUUUUAGAGCUGGUCGACAGUUGCUUGAUAUUACCGAGUGUCGUGACUUGACCUCUCUUCAAGCUGUCUGCUUCAUGAUUCUCUUCCUACAGGCUUCUGCCAAUAUUAGAACCUGUUAUUCAUACAUUGGAAUUGCACUUCGUGCUGCCGUUCGCCUAGGCCUCCACCGUUCGGUCUCUGUCAAGUUCAACCCCAUUGAGCUUGAAACUCGCAAGCGAAUUUUCUGGGUCGUCCGAAAGAUGGAUGUACAUGUUAGCACCAUCCUGGGUCUCCCAUCAAUGCUAAGUGAGGAUGACAUCGACCAAACCUAUCCUAUCGCCGUUGAUGAUGAAUUUAUCACAAAGGACGGCAUCUUGCCUAUGCCAGCCAAUUACAUUUGCCUAAUGGAGGGUGCAAAUGCACACAUGAGGUUGGGCCAUAUUAUGCUGAAAGUGAUGAAGUAUAUAUAUCCUGUCAAAGUCACAACACAUGGCGAUAACCACACCUAUAUGGUAAGCCAUUCCAAAAUCCGGGAACUUGAACGAGAUCUUCAGAAAUGGAUGGAGGCACUUCCCGACGCCUACAGGCCAGGCGGGGAGGCGGCAAUUGAGGUUGAGCGAAUGAGACAACUCCUUCGUAUAUGCUACGCUCACGUUCAGAUGGUUAUGUACCGUCCUUUCUUACACUAUGUCACAGGCGGCUCCAAGGGCCAAGAAAUUGACAAACGCUCUUAUGCUUGUGCUGCUGCUUGUGUUAGUGUAGCGCGAAAUGUUGUUCAUAUCACUGCUGGUAUGAAAAAGAAACAGCUUCUCAACGGAUCGUACUGGUUUACGAUGUAUACGACUUAUUUUGCUAUCUUAACGCUCCUCUUCUUUAUCCUCGAAAACCCAGAAUCUGCGGCGGCCAAGGAUGGGAUUCUGAAAGAUGCGUUAGAGGGUAAAAAUGUGUUAGCUGGUCUCGCAAAGAAGAGUAUGGCUGCAGAUCGAUGUGCCCAGAGUUUGAAUUCUAUGUUUAAAUACCUUCCGGAGAGACUUCGAAAUAGGCAAGCUCUUUCAUCUUCGCAAAUCAACCGGAAGCGUACCCAAACACCCACUCCUAUUUGUUCGAACAGUUCUUCAGGAAAUGGGAACAAGACGCCACCCCUGCAGACUAAAAUACCCUUGGAGUUCAAUGCAACUCUUCCACAACGGGCAAGCACCUUUCCUUUACACAUCACACCAAGCAGAGACGCUCCAGGCCAAAAUUCUCAAGCUGGUGAUACGCCAGUGGAAAAUGCAAAUAGCACCCCCAAUGGCCCGUUUAAAUGGACGGCUGCUAUGCAGGGCUUAUUUGGCCCAUCUCCAUCUACAUCCCAGGUGUCAUCUUUGGUCGAUGACGAACAAAGUCACCUGUCAUCCCCUUCUUUACCUACAGUAGGAGGUAUUGGGAACCAGCAAUCGCAACCUUCAAACAAGCAAGAUAUAUCAUUUUCACCGCCGUUCGAUAGCCUGGCGCCCCUACCGGACCUUAUGCCCAUGAUGUUUCCUUCCGAUGACCCAUUGGCCUAUCCCAACCAACCAAUGUCAACCCUAGAGGAUGACCACUUCAAACAGGACAAUCACAACAAUGGUAGCCAGGGCCAGUAUAUGUUCUCUCCCAAUGCAUCCAUUCAGUCUGUGCUGGAAGGUGAUGGCUUGAAUAAAUCCAACUCAUCCUCCUCACCUUCCUUUGCAAAUACCCCGGGAUUGUCUAUCGUCACUCCGACGUCCUCGCAUGACCCAGCGUCAACAAACAGUCUACCUCCCCAUCUCAAAGCAGUAUCUACCACCUUCCCAGGGAAUACACAGAGUCCGACAUCAGGACCUCAACAAAGUACAAAUAACUACCCAUUCAUGGGCAACCCCGACCUUGUCACAAUACCCGGCCACUCCUUCAUCUGGCAAAACCUUGCUGCACAAGGAGCCCCGAAUAAUACAUACCAGUACCCUAUAGCUGAUCCUCCUUUCCAGACCACAUCAGACGACUUCGUAAUGGGCCUUGGUGCUGGCCUAGAUAUGGCCCUAGACACGGAUAUGAAAUUUGAUAACUUACUAGAUCAAUUCGGCGGCGCAAGCACCAACAUUAGCGGAGAUAUAAAUGGAGAUGGAAAUAUGGGCACGUCUUCGAAUGAUUGGAGUCAAUGGGGAACCUGGAAUUCGAACAGUGGUGAUAGCAGCAUCAACAACAAUGUUAGUAACAAGGACUAA